CUCAGUUCCUUGAGUCAGACACCUGUUUUCCAUCAAAAUGAAUUAGAUUUUUAGUGGUAUUUUGAGAAAUUCCUAUAUGAGACCUUUACGUGGUGUAUCCCAGUCCAGAGCGUGACGUGGAGGUGCUGCCUCCAGAAUGAGUCACUCACGGGAGCAUAAGGAGGGGGAAACUUCCUCAGGAAUGAACAGUGUUCAGCAAGAGGGAAGAGUCUCAUCUCUCCACAGCUGUGUAUCCUUGAAGAGUGACUGGUCAAUGCAUCAACCUAUUUACUUUCGACAGUCCAUGGAUUCACUUGUUGACUUCCAACAGCCAAUGGACCCACCUUCUAAUUUCCAACAAGGAGAGCCUUCUAGACAUGAAAGAGAUCAACUGAAGAAAUGUGACUAUAAGCAUGCCGAUUUAGCAACCAUUUUUAAGUUACUGGAGGAAAGUGCCAUGAACUUUCUGAAAGAUGAGUUGAACAAGUUCAAGAGGAAUCUGAGUCAAGAUUAUCCAGCAUGCUUCGAGGCUCAGGAUAAUAAUGACCUGGACAGUGAAGCUGCGAUCCAGAAGAGCUGUGCCACAGAGGGGGCUUUGAAGAUCACAUUAUACAUCCUGAGGACCAUGAACCAGAAGGACUUUGCAGAAACACUGGAGAAGAAUGAACUCCUGGUGAAAUGUCAACAUAAAUACAGAUCCAUUGUAAAGAAGAAAUAUGAAUGUGUGUUUGAAGGGAAAGCGAAGCAAGGAAAUCCAGUCCUACUCAAUAAGAUUUACACAGAGCUCUACGUCACUAAAGGUGGAACUGGAGGGAUCAGUGAUGAACAUGAAGUCAGACUUUUUGAAACAGCGACGAAAAGCCCAGCAAUACAAGAUGCUACAAUUAAAUACACAAACAUUUUUAAACCUUUACCUGGAGGAAUGACACAUAUCAGAACUGUGCUGACAAAGGGGGUUGCAGGCAUUGGAAAAACUGUGUCUGUGCACAAAUUUAUUCUUGACUGGGCAGAAGGAAAAGAAAAUAAAGAUAUUAAUUUCAUAUUUGCUUUUCCUUUUCGGGACCUAAAUCUCAUGAAGAGUAAACAGUACAGUCUGAUAGAACUCCUUUAUGGCUUUUUUCCAGAACUGAAAGAGUUUGGAUCAGGUGAGCUUGAAAGCUGUAAAAUCUUGUUCAUCUUCGAUGGUCUGGAUGAGAGUCGACUUCCUCUAGAUUUCCAGAACAAUGAGAGCUGGUUUGAUGUAACAAAGUCAACAUCUUUGGAUGUGUUGUUGACCAACCUCAUUAAGGGGAAUCUGCUUCCCUCUGCUCUCAUCUGGAUAACCUCUAGACCAGCAGCAGCAGGUCAGAUCCCUCCUGAGUGUGUUCAGCAAGUGACAGAGAUACGAGGGUUCAAUGAUCCUCAGAAGGAGGAGUACUUCAGGAAGAAGUUCAGUGAUGUGAACCUGGCAAACAGGCUCAUUACACAUGUGAAGUCAACAAGGAGUCUCCACAUCAUGUGUCAUAUUCCUGUCUUCUGUUGGAUUUCAGCCACUGUUCUUGAGAAGCUGUUUGGUAAUGAAGGUCGUGGAGAAAUCCCCAAUACUCUGACACAGAUGUACACACACUUCCUCAUCUUUCAGUCAACUUUAAAAAAUGUCAAGUUUCAGAAAAAACAAGAAACGGAGCUUCUUAAAAUGUUAAAGUCAGACAGAGAAUUCAUUCUUAAACUGGGGAAACUGGCAUUUAGAAACCUUGAAACAGGAAAUCUCAUAUUUUAUGAGGAAGACCUGAAAGAGUGUGGCAUUGAUGUCAGUGAAGCUUCAGUGUACUCUGGAGUGUGUACAGAAAUCUUCAAAGAGGAGUCUGCAUUACACCAGAGGAAGGUUUACUGCUUUGUACAUCUGAGUGUUCAGGAGUAUCUUGCUGCUUUAUACUCAGUGUUGUUAAAUGUAAACAAAAAAUCCAGUUUUGCUAAACUGAAAGCACCACAUAAAGAGAACUGGUCUGACUUUUUGAACAGUUCAGUAGAUCAGGCUUUACAGAGCAAGAAUGGACACUUGGACCUCUAUCUCCGCUUCCUUCUUGGCCUUUCAAUGGAUUCCAAUCAGAGUCUGUUACAAGGGCUACUGACAGAGAGAAGAAUCAGCUCAUUUGAUACUGAAAAAACAGUGCAGUACAUCAAGAAGAAGAUCAGGGAGAAUCUAUCUCCAGAGAGAACCAUCAAUCUGUUCCACUGUCUUAAUGAACUCAAUGACAAUUCUUUAGUGGAGGAGGUCCAAGGUUACCUGACCUCAGGAGACCUUUCAUCUAGAGACCUUUCCCCUGCACAGUGGUCAGCUCUGGCCUUUGUGUUACUGAUGACAGACAAGGAACUGGAUGUGUUGGACCUGAAGAAAUACAUCAGAUCGGAAGAAGGUCUUCUGAGGCUGCUGCCAGUGCUCAAAGUUUGCAAAAAAGCUCUGCUGAAUCAGUGUGGACUGACAGAGAGAUGCUGUGUAGCUCUGGCCUCAGUUCUCAGCUCAAACUCCUCAGACCUGAGAGAGUUAGACCUGAGUGACAAUGACCUGCAGGAUUCAGGAGUGAAGAUACUCUCUGCUGGACUGGGGAUCAAACACUGUAAACUGGAGAUACUAAGACUAUCUACCUGUGGUGUCACAGAGGGAGGCUGUGCCUCUCUGACUUCAGUUUUGCAUUCAAACUCUUGUUCACACCUGAGAGAACUGGAUCUGGGCUACAGUCACCCAGGAGACUCAGGAGUGAAGCUGCUCUCUGAUCUACUGCAGGAUCCACACUGUAAACUGGAGAUACUGAGACUUCAUGGCAGCAGUAUCACAGAGGGAGGCUGUGUUUCUCUGGCAUCAGCUCUAUGUUCAAACUCCUCACACCUGAGAGAGCUGGAUCUGAGUGACAAUGACCUGCAAGAUUCAGGUGUGAAGAUACUCUCUGCUGGACUGGGGAACAAACAUUGUAAACUGGAGAUACUGAGACUGUCUGGCUGUUGUGUCACAAUGGAAGGUUGCGCUUCUCUGGCUUCAGCUCUGCGUUCGAACCCCUGUUCACACGUCAGAGAACUGGAUCUGAGCUACAAUCACCCAGGAGACUCAGGAGUGAAGCUUCUCUCUGAUCUACUGGAGGAUCCACAGUGUCAGCUACAGACCCUGCAUGUGGACCAUGGAGGACUGUGCAGGAUCAGACCUGGACUCCAAAAAUACUCCUGGAAGCUCACACUGGACCCCAACACAGCACACAGACAAGUGUCUCUCUCUGAGGACAAUAGGAAGGUGACAUGGAGGGAGAAGGAGCUGCCAUAUCCUGUGCAUCCAGAGAGAUUUGACUGUUAUAAACAAGUUCUGUGUGUAGAGAGUCUGUCUGGUCGCUGUUACUGGGAAGUUCAGUGGAGUGGAUGCGCAAUUCGUAUAGGAGUGGCUUACAAAGGGAUCAGGAGGAAAGGACGGAGUGAUGACUGUCUGCUUGGCAACAAUGACAAAUCCUGGAGUCUGUACUAUUCUAAUAAGAGCUGCUCUGUUUGGCACAAUAAGAAACACAUUGACAUAGCUGUACCCCCCUCUCGCAGAGUAGGAGUGUAUGUGGACUGUGUGUCCGGCACUCUGUCCUUCUACAGCGUCUCCUCUGGUGAACUGACCCUCCUGUACAAGUUCAACUCCACAUUCACUGAGCCCCUCUGUCCUGGGUUUGGGGGAUACUAUGAUUCCUCAUUAUCAUUUUGUGAGGUCUGACAUGAACACACAAUCCUUGGUGUGUAAUAACAGUGUUAUAAGCAUAUAGCUAAUGUUUGUCUGAUAGUACAGGCCAAGUUUUAAAAAUCUGGGACCCAAAACUAGCAUAUGUGGAAAGACCAAACAAGACUUUACACUUGCUCCCUGCGUUAUGCAUUUUCAAAGAUGACUGUUUUUUUAAAUACUUUUUAUAGAAAUUUCUGCUCAGUAAAAACAAGAUCAGGGACAUAACAGAGCCAUUAAUGAUCCCUUUCUCCAGCCUGUGGUACUCCAGUUUUACUCCUCCUAGGGUGACUCUCAAAGUGAAAUCACUGGAAUGAGGUCUUGAACUCUUCAUCCUUUGCACUAAUGCCGUUUCCUCCAGCUUUGCCAGAAUCGAGCAAUAGGCAUUUGUGAGUUUUUGGUCUCAUGAAUCUCUUUAAUGAACUGUUUCUCCACCACAGUAUGUGCAUAACAUUCUCGAACAGGGGAGCACAGAGCGACAAUCACAAAGAAAAACAUGCCUUUCACAUCGAGUGACGUAGCAAUAGUGCUGCAACGCCACCUUGUGGUUCAUUCCUUUGUAUAUUUCCUAGACCUCUGCAGUAUGUUUUGCAAAAGCUUUCUUAAUUGUAUUCACUCUGGAUUGAUGUUGAGUAAUUUCUCCCUAUAAUUUACAGGUGGAUAAAUAAAAUCUUUCAGUAUUUUUAACAUUUUUUUUGUAGGUUCAGAUUUCAGUGUGGUCAGGGCAAUUGACUGUACUUUGUUUUUCAAAUAAAACUGCAACUACAUAAAAUGUCAUUACAAUGUCCAAAGAUGACAGAAAAUAUUGUAGCACCCACUACUCUGAAGUUCCUCCUAGGAGAAGAUGCCAGGAACUGAACUGAUUCAUUCGAAUUUCAUUUGCACUGUUUCAUUUUGUGGAAGGUGUAUGAAAUUACUGGAGCAUGAAAAAGUUGUUAUGAAUGUUGCCAUUUGUGAGCUUUUUCUGUUAUUACCUGUUCUUUCAGGUAGAAAGGGCAAUAUUUUUAGGUACUCUCUGUGGCUGUACCCUGUUGCUGUCUGAAGUCUGCACACAGACCACACUUGCAAAUUCAUUAAUUUGGCAUCACGGCAAAUAUACCAGUGUCUUCCCUUUACCCCAUUAAUUCCCAAUAUUACAAAAUGUAGGACAGGUGGUGUUUAUGUACCUGGUUUGUGUGUUUUUGCACACAUUCUAGAUUAUUUUUAUUCCUGUGGUAUUUACUAAGCAUUCAGCAGUGGAUGCUGCUGGUGCUGCUGCUGCGAAGAAGCACAAGAACAUUGCAUUCCAGAUAUGUGUUGUGUAUUAUUGAAAGGGUCCCAGUUACAAAAGCAAAAAAAAGAAAAAAAAUAACAGCUUACAGAACAUAUCUUUCUAUUAAACAUAUACUGGGGUGACAAUAGGAGGUGUGUAUCUGUCCAAAAGCACUGUGGGUUUCUUAGCUAUUUUUGUGCAAAAUUUAUGUGAUUAAUGCUUAAUGUGUGCAAUUUACUUGCAUGUGUAGAGUCAUUCCUCUUUGGUCUAAAGGUUUGUCUGCUCUUUGGUCCCCUUCAAGCUUAGGGUGACAUCAAAUGAAAAAGAGCUUAUGUGCAUGGUCCCAAAAGUGAACAUUAAUAAACUUGGUUUGAAAAUCCGCACACAGACCACACUUGCAAUGUUUUCAACUGUUUUA